UGGAGACCGAAAGGAUUGCAAGGGAGAUUGCAAGGGGGGAGACUGCUUCUCAGCUGACAUUCCCUCAGAGAUUCCGAGCGAGAUGGACAUGCCUUCUGACAGCGGCGGACAGGUAGAUGCUGGCGGUGGUGGUGGUGUUGCUGGUGGUCAAACAGGUCAAGAUGAGAAUGUUGCUCUGGCGGGAGGAGCUUCUAGUGGUAAAGAUGAAGUGAGUGCUGGUGAUGGUGCUGUAGUAGGAGUAGUGGAGCAGCCUGGUACUAGUGGAGAUCCUGUAACAAGGCAACACCCUGCGGUAGACAUGGAGGGAGACAAUGAGGCUCAGCAGUACACGCAGGUUGUGUCUAGAAGUUCAUCCCCUGCUCGACAACUAGGAGGUAAAGGAGCCGCAUCUGCAGGAGGACUUCCUGAUGUGGCCGUCGGGUUGGCUUUCCCAUCUCUGGGAGCUUCAAGAAUGACGCAGUUUCCACCAUUGCGACCAACUACGUCUCCUUCUCUUGCCG